GUUCACCUGCUGGAGGAUGUACGAGCGGCAGCCGACCGGCAUCGGGCCCGAGCGCGUCAAGAGGGGUCUGUUCGACCUGAGCGCCACGGACACCCGCGAAUACAUCCUGCGCCCCGAGGCGCUCGAGGCCUGGUGGUACAUGCACGAGCUCACCGGGAAGCAGCAGUACCGGGAGUGGGGCUGGAAGGCGUUCCAGGCGUUCGAGAAGCACCUCUGGGUGCCGAGCGGGUACGCCUCGUUGAAGGACGUGCGCGACACGUCCAAGGGGCACCUGGACCGAAUGGAGAGCUUUUUCCUCGCGGAGACCCUGAA